CUCUUUGCUAGAAGACAGGACAAUAGUCCUGUUGUCAGAAAAAUCCAAGAAAUGCAGAAGUUCCUGGGGUUGAAGGUCACUGGGAAGCUGAACUCCGACACUCUGGAGGUGAUGCAGAAGCCCAGGUGCGGAGUUCCUGAUGUUGGGCACUUCAGUACCUUUCCUGACAUGCCAAGGUGGAGGAAAACUCACCUUACCUACAGGAUUGUGGAUUAUACACUGGAUUUGCCAAGAGACGCUGUUGAUUCUGCCAUUGAGAAAGCUGUGAAAAUCUGGGAGAAGGUGACUCCACUUACAUUCUCCAGGAUUUAUGAAGGAGAGGCUGACAUAAUGAUCACUUUUGCAGUUAGAGAUCACGGAGACUUUUAUCCUUUUGAUGGACCUGGAAUGGUUUUGGCUCAUGCCUACCCACCCGGGCCGGAGAUUUAUGGAGAUGCCCACUUUGAUGAUGAUGAACAAUGGACAAAGGACACAUCAGUACAGUGUGAGCUGGUGCCUCGUCGUGACACAAGACCUCCUUUGGGACUGUGGCCACACAGCAGCUUAACCGUUUGUCUCCUUGUACUUGCCCCCAAAGAAAGGAGAGUCUGUGACAUGGAUGCUUUCAGGGACUUUGCUUAA